CACGCCGGCCUUUGUCUCCCCCACCUCCCCUUUCAUCCCGACUUUGCUGCGGCUCUCCUGGCGCUCCCCGUUUGCUCACGUUUGCCCUCAGCUUUGAAUGCCCAUUGCGAGUCCGCGGAUCAUCUCACGCCGCCAGUGUGAGAACGGUUGCGGGCUUCAAUGUUUUGCUCAGAGUCAGUGGUUGGUUGCCAACGUUGUCGGUUGCCGUGUUGCACAUUGUCCGUGACUUGAACGUGGGCGCUUACGCUGAAAUUGCGGGGCUCGAUCGUGGCUUUCAAGCUGUUGCCGCUCAGUCGCGCUGCAAAGGUGGGCAGACUCGAUUGUCGUGCUCUCCCCGCAUGUGAUUUUCUUGUUGCGUUUCAUCAUUUGUUGUGAUAUUAACAUCCCGACUUGGUUUAUUUUCCCCCCAGGAGGAUCAAAAAUACUUUAUUUUUUUUCCUUCUGUCUCUGUGGUCAGUAUCAGCAUGGCAACCAUGUGACAUUUCUGCUGCCUUGCUGCGGUCUAUUUCUUUACGAUCCGCGCGGGCUGCAUUGAAACUUUUACUCUCUCUUUUAGGCGUGUGUUGGUGUGUCACUUUUCAUGAAAGGACUUUACUUCUGUCAAGAUGGCAGUUCAAUAACCAUAGAGGGUAUAAAGUUCAUGAAAGUAUCUCCUAUUUCUUACUUCUGCCAAGGAAUGUUUUAUUUUGCGUGUCAAUGAUUAGGAUGACACAAAAAUGACUCGACUCAUUUCUGGAAUAACUUGGAGAGUGGAGGGGGGAGGCAUGGUGGGAUUCAAGGCAGAAGCCAUUACAUUUUGGUGGGGAGCCAAGACUCCCCCCCCCGUCCCCCUUCACUUUUUCCUCCGCUCUUGGCAGAUGUCCGCAACGCACGGCUGAGUGCUCUUGGUUUUUAUUUUUUUUUACUGGAUGGAUGGACGGACGGAUUAAUUGUCUUCAUCACGCACAGACAUGCGGGCUACGUGGAUUAUUCAUCAUCAUUGAUUCAUCCAUCAAUCUUCCGAACCGCUCCUCCUUAUGAAGGUCACGGGCGGUCUUAGGGCGGUAGGCGUGGCACACCCAGAAACCCUGCCCAAGGCGGCAGAUUUUGUGUAUUAUUUCAAGACAUCCUCAGGAUAGCGGAGGUGUCGAGGAGGAGCAGAUGCGUGAAAAGCAUAUGUGAAAAUCAAAAGGAUACAUGUGUUGAUAUGACCAAAAAAAGUGCAAAAACGUGAGGAGGAGGAGGUGGGUGAGAGAGAAAGAGAGCGGGAGAGAGAGAGGCAGAAGGGGAGAGAGCCUCAGGUUGGGAAGCAGGGGGAGGGAAGAAGAAGAGGUGAGGCUGCGGAGGAGGAAGUUGGGAGCAGGGAGGAAAGAAGGGACCAGAGGGAGAAAGUGAGAAAAUGGGAAAGAGUGAGGCAAAGAGAUAGAGGUGGAUGCAGCAGAGGAAAGUGGGAGGGAAGGAAAGUGAGAGGGAGGGAGAAAUGAAGUGAGGAAGGAGGGAGAGAGCCGGGAGAGUAGUGCGACCACUGAGCGGCUCCGUCAGUGAUAAGAAGGAAGACGAUGAAGAGGAUCCUGAUUGGACAUAGCAACAGCUUGAAAUGGACUUGAUUGACAGCCCAGCAAAACCAUGCCGACUUUGGAGGAUUUUGCCCGGCGACUCUGGCUGGUGCCGUUGGUCGUGCGCCUGGUAUAAAUAACAGAAAAUGGCAGCCGCCUUUUGACGGGAACAGCGUAAGGAACAUGUUCUCCAGGAAUCGCUCCGGUGGGGCACAUGGAGCCCCUAAGGGGGGCACCAAGACCAAGAAGCGGGCCCCCAACCCCAAGGUAGCCCUGACCAUUCGGGGGAAAAUCCACCGGCUGCUGCAAGGGUCCGUGGACCACCACGUGCCCGAUCCCCAGCAUUAUUAUGAGGAGGAAGUGAAACAGGAAAAAUGUGCAAAGCGUCACGAGCUCUGUCCAAAAACAGCAUCCAAGGAUGAAGCCUGCUCAUCGGUCGUCAUGUCAAACGGUAAAGGACACGCAGGUCCGCCGGGUCCACUGACUCUGGAAGGGUGUUUACGUAUACCCUGCACUCCGCAGCGCAAAAGUGGAAAGUCCCCCGCCAAUCGGAAGCGGAUCUCCUUUGAGGGUUUGCUCCCGUUGUCCCCGGAGAUGCCGCCCACCACCGUUCCACUCUCUGGUUCUGCCCGGCAGGACCGCAACGGGCUCUCGAUUACUUCCCCCCGUGCUCGACCCAAGAGACCUUACUCUGCCGGUGACACUUUGGAUUACGACUUCACUCCACCCUUCCCAGGACCACCGGAGCCAGAGGAGGAGGAAGGGCGUCUGGGCGAGGCGGAUUCCAGUGCCAUCAUUGAUCACAUUCUCAAAGAGCUGCGGGGCAUCAACAAGAUCCAGGAGGAGAUCUCUGACCUCAGGGAUUACCUCACCUCAGUGAAGGGCUCCGUGGAGGAAGUGUCGUCCUGCGUGGAUGCGGUAUUGCUGGAAAUUGAGGGCAUUCGCUCCAGUGGGAACCGCAAGCCAGGCCUUGGCGCACAAGCCAGUACCUGGUCAGGGAAGGUGCGCACGGAUGGGCCCUCCGCUCGCAGGAGGCCGGCUAGCGCACACGGAAGUUUAGAAAGCGCAGCGACAAGGUACAACCGAUUCCCCGAUGUUCGCAAAGGGGAAUUGCGACAACCGAGGGCAAAGAACUACUCGGUAUCUCCGAUGGCAGAAUCAACCAGUCCUCUGGACCCCGAGGACCUUGAGGAUACUUCGGACCUCAGCUCGGACAUCCCAGAAGGCGCGCGAGCCGGGAAGCUGAGCUUUGGCCAAGACUGCCUGAGCACAACUUCCUUGUCUUCUCCAAGUUCCAAGUCCGAAUCAGAUGUGGAGAGAACUGCUGAGCAGGCAAAGGAUCACUGGGCGACCGCCACACUUCCGCACGAAGCUGCCGCUGAGCGUCUUUGGGACAGGGAACCUUCCUACCUGCGAGAUUAUAAAUCAGAGGCUCCAUAUGACGGAGCGGUUGUUUGGGAUCACUAUGUCGCCAGAAUUUCUUCAGAUCAUGGCUUGGGUGGAUCGAGGCAACAUUACUCCCAGUCGCCUGUGAGGACAUCCUCUCGUCGGGAGGACUGGCAAACGCGGAGGUCUAAAUCCCAGCCAGGAUUUCAGACAAGCCUCAGAAAUUACAAUGCAGAAUAUUCCUACCCUAAAAGUUCUGCUUACCAUUCUUUUGACGGACAUUAUGGAUAUGCCAACGGGUUCGACUCUGUCCAAUCAAUCAGUCAGGUCGGUAGUUAUGAUGGAACUUAUUUUCCGUAUGAAGACUCAACAGCAGGGACAUGGACGUCACAAGUCAAACCCUUUGUACCAGAAACUGACGAGACACUCCUUCAACUCGGUCAAAAAGAUCCCCAAAGGGGCUAUAACGUCAGGCGUAUAAGUCGAGCCGUGUCCGACUUUAGUUCUGCUUUGCGUGAAGCGCUUUGCAAACUUGAGGUCCCCCCAGACCAAGAAGAUGUAACAGACUUUAACGCAUCCACGCUUUCUGACAUGCCUCCAAAAUCUUUUAGUUGGGACCUCGUGAGCCAAACCAUUCCCUUUGAAGAAGCCCAAGAAGAAGGUUUUUUCUCCACCAGCCAGCAUUACCCGAGUUUGGAACUUGUUGCCUAUCCUGCGUCAAUGUCCAACAAUGUACCAAUGUACCAUGCAGAUGUUCCUGAGGAAUGGCCACUGGACCGGAAUGUCAGGAGCCAGUUAUCUCAAGGCACCACCACGGAAUCUUUGUCAAUUGCAGAAGCAGAAGAACAAGGAGAAAAUGUGGAAGUCAAGUCAGCCGUCCAAGCUGAGGAGCAGAACCUGGAAAUAAACCAGAUGGAUGAACGCACGCUAAAAUGUGUCAGGAGUUUCCAGCAGAUCCUACGAGAGAAGCGGGAGAUGAGGCGCACCCUGGCCAGUGUGUCCACCUCUUCUCGGGAGGGCUUUGAAGCAGGUAGUCCUGAACCCAAAAAUAUUCUAUCUUCAUCGCAUGCCUCCACCAAAACAGAGUUCCAAAUGUUUUCAGGAGGGAAAGGACCAUUUUUCAUACGUUGGCGUCGGCCACCUGUCGCCCAAAGUCAAAUGCGACCGACCUCAGCUCAAAACUUCUCAAGUUCUGUACUUUUUAAGUUUCAAAGCACCUUUGGGGCUAAUAUCAUUAUGACGUCGUCUGUCUUGUCAUCUGCGCUAAAGCCAAGAUUUUCGUCGUCCCCGUGAGCGUCAUCCAUCCAUCCAUCCAUCCAUCCAUCCAUCCAACCAUCCGUCAGUUGCCAGCACUGCACUCCAUCGCUGGCGGCCAUUUGCUGAAUUAGAAGUGAAUAUCUCCUUGGAGAAGAGGGAGAGAUCUUUUUGUUUUUGUUUUUUAAUAGCCGCAUGGUCACAUUAGAACACUGAUGAGCUCAGUCGGCUGCUCGCACCGAAGCCUAAGCAUGAGUUGACGCUCGGCUAUAUGUCUUGUGCUGUCUUGCAGGUGGAAGUCGUGAUGGAGAUCAGGUUUCUGACUGUGUGGUUAUUCUGCCUCCCGACAUUACUAACAUUACAUCCCCCCCAAGACCUUGUUCGUGUGUAACUUGAUGGAAUGUUUCUUUGGUUGCAUUGAAAAUGUUGCGUCAUAUUGCCACAGUGAUGACAAAAUAACAUUGGCCUUCGUGUGUUUUGUAGGACCUGAGCAUGUGGUGUGAAGGCCCUCUUGAAAUUGUUUUGAUUUUCUUCUGCAUCGUUCAUCCCUCCCUCCAACCCUCCGUCCCUCCCUCCGCCAUCUGAAUUCAUCCAAAUGAAAUUUGUUUUGUUUACACCCCUGGAAUUUUGAGACGAUUCCGUCAUUGAAACCAGUUUCAUUACAUUUUAGUAGGGACAAAAAAUUUUACUUGUUACUAACUAUCGGGGUGAUGCUAAUACUAGCACGUCAUACCGAAGGUCCACCACACUGCCUCGAUCCCGACUGGCUUCCCUCCAUGUGCAUGCUCCUUGUGGUGUCCGUCGAGCCCUGAAAGCGAUCCCUGCAUCCCAUCUGCUUUGGAAUCUUUGACGUUUGAUGUUUGUG